AUGCUGAGGAAAGCCACUCAGGGUGGCUUGGACCCUGCUGCCCUCAGGGGUGCCCUCGCUAACUACGGGGCAGAGUACUGGGUUCCGAAGAACCACAUGACCAUGCACCUACCCGAAUUCUUGUCUCGGCACGGGAGGCUGCUCUCGUGCUUCGUGCACGAAAGGAAACACAAGCUGGUCAAGAGGUUCGCAAACAACAUGAAGGACACGUCCAGAUCAUACGAAGCUACCGUCCUUCGCGAGACCCUUGCAGCUCAGUUCCUUGCGAUGCAGGACGAACUCCCUCAAGGGGAUGUGCGACUCAUCGGCAAGAGACGGUGGACGAAGGCAAUGGCCAGCCUGAUCCGGGAUGUGUUCGGCAACUCCGACGGUGUGUUUCAAGCACAGGCAGCAUUGCAUGGCGGAGGAUUCCGGUGCUCCCAUGGAGAUGUCGUCAGAGCCAAGCAUGCACAGGAACACGUUGUCGGCAUGAUUCACUUUCAUGUUGAAGUUGACGGCCUGCCUCUCACAUGCAUGAGUCCAUGGAGCCAUGUGGCCGAUCACAUGUACCGUGUGAAGCACGAAAGUUUCUUCAUCAACACGGCAUGCAUUCUUUCGGCUUGCAUCUGGUCUCGCAAGGGCGACGAUGCCAUCGUGUUGUUGGAGUGA